AACCAUUGGAAACUAUUUUAGAAUAAAAUUCACAUAGCGUCUGUUCCUGUUCUAUUUCGCCGGAGCAAUGGCGCAGGGUAGUGACGCCGUUUCUGCUUCUCAUCCAUUCACGGUGGAAACAACCACCACUCAGAGGAAGCGAUCCACCGGAACCCUAACAUGCCCACCACCGGAGCUUCCAACUCUUCCUUUUGAUCUUCUGCCUGAAAUUCUCUGUAGGCUUCCGGUGAAAUUACUUGUACAGCUUCGAUGUCUGUGUGAGUUCUUCAAUUCUUUAAUUUCCAAUCCCAAAUUUGCAAAGAAGCACCUUCAAUUGUCAACUAAGCGCCACCACCUCUUGGUAACCUCUUGGAACAUUUCGCGUGGUGAGUUUGUUCAGCAUGAUUUCCCAAUCCCCUUGGUUUUUUCUACUUCUACCGCUGUUACACAGACACAACUUUACGCUCCUAAUAUUCUCACAAAUCCACGUAACUUCCCGACCGUAAUGUGCUGUUCCGAAGGCAUACUUUGUGGUCAGCUCAAUCUUGGUUCUUAUUUUUUGUACAACCCUUCCAUUAGAAAAUUUAAGUUAUUGCCUCCUUUCGAAAACCCAUGCGAACAUGUUCCUCUUUACAUAAACUUCGGGUAUGAUCAUUUCAUUGAUAAUUAUAAGGUCAUUGUUGUUUCUACCAAAAAUGAAGUUAGUGUUUAUACUUUGGGGACUGAUUAUUGGAAGAGAAUAGAGGACAUCCCAUAUAACAUUUUUGGAGAGGGAGUAUUUGUGAGUGGCACUGUUAAUUGGUUGGCAAGUGAUGAUUCAUUUAUUCUCUCUCUUGAUGUAGAGAAGGAGUCGUAUCAACAGGUUUUGCUACCUGAUACCGAGAAUGACUUGUGGAUCUUGGGUGUGCUAAGGAAUUGCUUGUGUAUCUUAGCUACUAGUAAUUUGUUUUUGGAUGUUUGGAUUAUGAAUGAGUAUGGAAAUCAAGAGUCUUGGACUAAAUUAUACAGUGUUCCUAACAUGCAAGAUCACGGUUUAGAAGCUUAUACUGUUUUAUAUAGUUCUGAGGAUGACCAACUGCUGCUAGAGUUUAAUGAGAUGCGAAGUGACAAAGUGAAGUUGGUUGUUUACGAUUCUAAGACUGGUACUUUGAAUAUUCCUGAGUUUCAAAACAACUAUGAUCAGAUAUGCCAAAAUUUCUACAUUGAGAGUUUGAUAUCACCUUAAGCAUUGAUUCAACUGCAACAUAUAUAUGGAAUUAAUCUUGAAGUUUUGAUUUGAUACAAUGGAAGAAGAUAAAGAAUAGUUCUGAUUAUUCUGACUUUGCAACUUACGUUUUAUUAGAGAUUGAUUAUUUGAUCUUAGGAUGAAUGUUUAAACUUAUACAAUGGAUGUACGGUCUCUUGUAGUUACAUUCUGUUAUUUUGAUUUUAUGCUUAUUGUUCAGAAUAGAUAGAUGUUAAUUUUUCUGUACAAUUUGUUGCUGAAACUUGGUGGUUUGCAGGAAUUUUAGUUCACUUUAAGUUUUGGUGGAAAAACCAAACACAACUUCAA